AUGGCCCCAGGAAACAAGCCAGGAAGGGACUGUGGAUCCAGAAGCAGGAAAACAAAUAAUCUGACUUUAAAAUGGGGAAAGCCCUUUUGCGGGUGGCGGCGAGCUCGGAGAGGACGCCCUGAAGGCAUAGGGCACUUAAGAGAGUACAAGGUGGUGGGUCGCUACCUGCCCACCCCCAAAUGCCACACACCGCCCCUCUACCGCAUGCGAAUGUUUGCGCCUAAUCAUGUUGUCGCCAAGUCCAGCUUCUGGUACUUCUUAUCUCAGUUAAAGAAGAUGAAGAAGUUUUCAGGGGAGAUUGCCUACUCUGGGCAGGUGUUUGAGAAGUACCCUCUACGGGUGAAGAACUUCCGCAUCUGGCUGUGCUGUGACUCCCUGAGUGGCACCCACAACCUGUAUCGGGAAUACCAGGACCUGACCACGGCGGGGGCUGUCACCCAGUGCUACCGAGUCAUGGGCUCUUGGCACUGCGCCCAGGCCCACUCCAUCCAGAUCAUGAAGGUGGAGGAGAUCGCAGCCGGCAAGUGCCGCCGGCCGUCAGUCAAGCAGUUCCACGACUCUAAGGUCAAGUUCCCGCUGCCCCACCGGGUCCUGCGCGGUCAGCACAAGCCACGCUUCACCACCACGAGGCCCAACACCUUCUUCUAGAUGCAGGGCCCUCGCCCAGGUGUGCCCCAAAUAAA